AUAUCGUUGUUUUUGGGUGGUUUUGGCUAUUUUAGACAGUUUGUCGUCAAUCUACAAGUGAAAAGGAGUAGUUCUCCAGUUUUAUAGUGAAAAAAAGCAAGUCGAAACCCGCAUGCCUAGGAGAAGUGCAGGAAGAAGCCCUGCUGUGAAAAAGGGAAAAAACACACCCAAGAAAUCAAAAAAAGAAGAGAAAAUGGACCAAGGUUCGCAACAGGGGCAACUGGUGCAACAGGGAAUCUCACAACAGGAUCAACAGUUGCAAGGAUCCCAACCGCAACAAAUUCAACAAGGGCAACUUGCUCUGCAUCAACCGCAGGUGUAUCAGGGGCCUCCACAACAACAACUGCAAUUACAGCAGGGGCUUCCAAUUCAGCAACAACAACUGCAGCAGGUGGUUCCAAUUCAGCAACAGCAACUGCAGCAGGUGGUUCAAAUGCAACCACAGCAGGUGUUUCAAGGACCCCCGCAAAUGCAGGUUCAAGAGCAAGGAUUCCAACAACAGCUGCAACAAAAACCCCUACAGCAGCAACAACAAUUGCAGCAAGGACUUCCGGAACUUCCAAUGCAGCAGUCUCAGCUGCAUCAGGAAUCUGCACAACAGCAGUUCCAGCUACAACAGGGUCUUCAACAACAGCUACAACAAGGGAUUCCACUUCAGCAAUCGCAAAUAUAUAUACAGGGACCCCCACAACAACAACUGCAGCUAGUCCAGGGACAACUGUAUCGGAGACCUCCAGCAGAGCAAAUCCAGGUGAACCAGGGACUUCCUUCACAGCAAUUUCAACCUUAUCCAAGACCUCUGCAACAACUGAAAACGCUCCAGGGACCUGAACAACAGUAUCUGUAUUCAGCUGCAGUUCAACAACAGCAAGGACUUGGAGGAAAACAGCGAGAAUUUCAACAACAAUCGCUACAACUGGAAAAAGAGGAUCAACAGACUGGAGAUUUGUUGCAUGUGCAGCAAUUGGAAGAAGCUCGUUGCAAUAAAUCCGACACAACGCAAAAGCGCUACUUUCAAAGCGUGCAAUACCAAACUCGUAGCAACACAAUGCACAACCAAAUCAAGAAAUUCGAGGAUCGAUUGACAGAGGUCGAAAAACAAUUAAAAUUUUUGAAAUUUACCGUCACUGAUUUGGAGAGAGAUAGAGAGAGGGAGAAGGAAAAAGCUCGAGAGAGAGAAAGACAAUUCGAAAAGGAAAGAAGAAAUCGAUAUUAACGUGCUCAAAUUUCAUUUUUAUUUUUAUUUAAUUUUUUUUAUUAGUAACGCUGAUUUUCUUCGAUGUUGAAAAAGGUUCAACUCCCUGAUGACUUUUAACUAAAAAUG